CCGCGCGCCGGGCCCUGGCCGCGCCCCAGCCGAGCGCUGCGCGCCCGCAUUCCGCUCCGCCGCCCACUUGGCUCCCCGCUCAACGCCGCGACAAUGGCGGGCAUCGCAACCAGGCUUGCCCGGGACCGGGAGGCGGCCCAAGGGCUGGGCUCGCACGAGAGGGCCGUCAAGUACUUGAACCAAGACUACGCGACGCUGCGGGACGCGUGCCUGGAGGCCGGGACGCUCUUCCAGGACCCGUGCUUCCCGGCCCUGGCCCCUUCCCUGGGCUUCAAGGAGCUGGGGCCCUACUCCAGCAAGACCCGAGGCAUCGAGUGGAAGCGACCCACGGAGCUCUGCGGGGACCCCCAGUUCAUCGUGGGAGGAGCCACCCGCACAGACAUCUGCCAAGGAGCCCUGGGUGACUGCUGGCUGCUGGCGGCCAUUGCCUCCCUGACCCUCAACGAGGAGGUCUUGGCGCGGGUCGUGCCCCUGGACCAGAGCUUCCAGGAGAACUAUGCGGGCAUUUUCCGCUUCCAGUUCUGGCAGUAUGGCGAAUGGGUGGAGGUGGUGGUGGACGACCGGCUCCCCACCAAGGACGGGGAGCUGCUCUUUGUGCACUCGGCAGAGGGGACUGAGUUCUGGAGCGCCCUGCUGGAGAAGGCCUAUGCCAAGAUCAACGGGUGUUACGAGGCACUCUCAGGGGGUGCCACCACCGAGGGCUUCGAGGACUUCACGGGCGGCAUUGCCGAGUGGUACGAGCUGAAGAAUGCCCCGCCCAACCUGUUCAAGAUCAUCCAGAAGGCUCUGCAGAAAGGCUCGCUCCUGGGCUGCUCCAUCGACAUCACCAGCGCUGCAGACUCGGAGGCCGUGACACGACAGAAACUGGUGAAGGGCCACGCGUACUCCGUCACCGGAGCCGAGGAGGUGGAGAGCGCUGGGAGCCUGGAAAAGCUGAUCCGUAUCCGCAACCCCUGGGGGGAAGUGGAGUGGACAGGCAGGUGGAAUGACAGCUGCCCGAAUUGGAACACCGUGGACCCAGAGGUGAGGGAGAGGCUGGUGGAGCGCCACGAAGAUGGGGAGUUCUGGAUGUCACUCCGCGAUUUCCUGACGCACUACUCCCGCCUGGAGAUCUGCAACCUGACCCCGGACACCCUCACCAGCGACAGCUACAAGAAGUGGAAACUCACCAAGAUGGACGGCAACUGGAGGCGGGGCUCCACCGCGGGCGGCUGCAGGAACUACCCGCAGACCUUCUGGAUGAACCCCCAGUACGUGAUCAAGCUGGAGGAAGAGGACGAGGACCAGGACAACGGCGAGCCUGGCUGCACCUUCCUGGUGGGCCUCAUGCAGAAGCACCGGCGGCGCCAGAGGAAGAUGGGCGAGGACAUGCACACCAUCGGCUUCGGCAUCUACGAGGUUCCAGAAGAGCUCAAGGGGCAGACCAAUAUUCACCUGGGCAAAAACUUCUUCCUGACCACGCGAGCCACGGAGCGCUCGGACACCUUCAUCAACCUCCGCGAGGUGCUCAACCGCUUCAAGCUGCCGCCUGGGGAGUACAUCCUGGUGCCUUCCACCUUCGAGCCCAACAAGAACGGCGACUUCUGUGUGCGCAUCUUCUCCGAGAAGAAAGCUGACUACCAAGCUGUCGAUGACGAGACGGAGGCCGACCUUGAAGAGAUCUCCGUCAGCGACGACGACAUUGAUGAUGGAUUCCGGAGGCUGUUUGCCCAGCUGGCAGGGGAGGAUGCCGAGAUCUCAGCCUUCGAGCUACAGAGUAUCCUAAGACGAGUCCUAGCGAAGAGACAAGAUAUCAAGACAGACGGCUUCAGCAUUGAGACAUGCAAAAUCAUGGUGGACAUGCUGGAUUCGGAUGGGAGCGGCAAGCUGGGACUCAAGGAGUUCUACGUUCUCUGGACGAAGAUUCAGAAAUACCAGAAAAUUUACCGGGAAAUCGACGUCGACAGGUCUGGCACGAUGAAUUCCUAUGAGAUGCGGAAAGCUCUAGAAGCAGCAGGCUUCAAGCUGCCCUGCCAACUCCAUGAGGUCAUCGUCGCUCGCUUUGCCGACGACCAGCUCAUCAUCGACUUCGACAACUUUGUCCGGUGUCUGGUGCGACUGGAAACACUCUUCAAGAUAUUUAAGCAGCUGGACCCCGACAACACCGGCAUGAUACAGCUCGACCUCAUCUCUUGGCUGUGUUUCUCAGUACUUUGAAGUUACAAGGACUCUGCCUGAGGAUGUCUCAUUGACAAGAAAAGCAGCCAAGAAGUUCCACGAAGGAACACCUUGUCUCUGGACCUUCAAGUUUGGAAACAUUUACUGAAGCCAAUGAGUAUAGCUGAACACGCUAUUACUUGAGAUAGCCCAACUUUUACGUAUCAAAGAUUUGCAUAUCAUUAUACUAAAUGCAAGUGGGCUACUUAAUCCUUGAUAAACUCAGAGAAACAGUGCUCACUUUUUACCUUUAAAAACUUUCCUACUGAUAGCAAUAUUAAGCCAGAAAAAACAAAAAUGCAGGAAAGUAUCCAACAACAGAGCAAUGAAGUCCGUCUCAAAGGACGUGAGGGAGGCCCUUGCUGGGACAGUUCAGGUAACUUGAAAUUUAAACAUGCAACAGCAUUUGCCAGACAGCAGCCCCACCUUGCAGUUCCCCACAUCAGGACACCCCCUGGUCAUGGAUUCUGGAGCUCCUAUGGGAAAGUAGGGCUCUGACGUGUGACUUAAACAAGGGAGGACCUGAACAUGCCGCUGAUGGGGAACUGUGAACCGCUCUCAUACCCCAGCACCUCUGGCCUUCCUGACACACUUUGUCUUACACGGCCCGACACAGUCCUACUCCUGACCAGCUGAAGCUGCACAGCAGAACCACGUGUCCACUUUGCAGGCUGGCUCCCAUGAAGGGCUCAACAAGUCCCUGGCUGCCUCAAAACCAUGACCAUGUGUCUCUGCAUAGGGGAUACCGCUUAGGGGUCAGUCCUCCUGGAAAUGACACAAGCUUGUUUCCUGGCUUGACCUUGGGAAGCUGCUAGCAAUGUAAUAGGCACACCGCCCUGUUGCCUUAUCUUCUUCCAAACAUACCAUUGAAUAAAGUCGCCUGGACAACCUUAA